UUGUUAUGUCGCGGCGACGGCGCGUUCGCGGGCCGCGCAGGGAUCGAUGCCAGUGCUGCUGAUUACAGCACUUCUUGUCUGAGCUGCGAAACGCAAGCAGCGCUUCAAAACUUGUAUGAGCGCUGUGCAGACAGUGUUUUUAUCACGCGUGAAGCACCGCACGCACCGUCGAGCCGCCGCUUCGCGCGCGCGCGUUUUUGAGGCUAGCGGCCUAAGACACUAGCAAGCGAGGCCUUGCACGGGCGUGAGAUUCUUGCUGCGGAUGCAAGUAUCCGUCUCGCAAGAAGAGAGCUGAGCGGCACGCCGGGCGCACGAGUGGUGGAGGUUGUGUGAUGCACAUGGUCAUGCAAAGCUGCCUCCAGUGGACGUAACCAUAGAUAUUCGAACGAUUAAUCAGUCGAAAGGCAUCUGAGGACCGUGCUUGAACGGGGCGGAAAGUGUACAAAACGCCAGCCGACGUGUGCUGUGCAAAGCAAGCACACAGGCCUGCAUCAUCAUCAUCGCGCGCAGUCGUCGUCGACGAUGCGACGCAGCAUGUACCUCUGGAUGAUGGGCGUCGCAGCAGCCCUGGACUUACCAAGAGGCGGCGUGACGGCCAUGCGCGGCGCCUCGAACGUCAUACGGAAGCUCGGCGGAGCGUCGAACAGCGACAGCGCGCGACAUGGAGACUUUUUCGAUCGGAGCGAAGCCUUAUUACGCACUGAAAACGAAUUGGAGGAGUUAGAUGGCGGUCAACCGGCGGCCGGUGCGGUCGUGAACGUUUUAGCGUGGUGCGUCAUUUUGGGCGUUGUUUGCGGCUCUCUAUACCUAGUCACGGCCGACGCCAUCUCGAAGUACGCCCACAAGCUCACGGAGGAACUAAAUGUAAGUUCCGAGCCGCUGCAGGCCGCCUUGGCUGUGUUGGGUGUUUUAUACUCCGUUCUACUGGGGUCGACUUUAGGAGCCGCGAUGACGCGGCAAGAAACCCAAUUACAUGCGGUCGGGGCGGAACUCGCCGCCGCCGAACUAUUGGAAGGCGGCCUCAACGAUUUAGAUGCGCCGGAGACGGAAGUCUACUUUCAAAGAGCAUUGGCGGCGGCGGCCGCGCACUGUCGACGACUAGAGGCGUCCAUAGACGACACGCAGCGGCGCGGGCGUCGUCCGAAGUCAAAUGAGAAGCAGCGCUUCGUCGACCCGCUGGCGGACUGCGCCGCGGCUCUGGCUGACGCUCGGUGUCCGCCGACGCCUCUGGGCGCUCGCGCGGACUUGGAAAGACUGCAUGAAUACCGAGCGCAACGACGGGCGGCGGGCGCGGGGCCGCGCUUCCCCUCGGGCCACUGGGUCGUGCUGCGGACUCUGGGAGCGUUCUGUGCGGCAACUGUUGCGGUCGUUUGUGCUCUAGAUAGAGGAGCAGCCGGCGGCGCCGUGCUCGUCGGCGUGACCGCGACCGCCUUGCCUUGGCGCUGUCCGAGACGAUCGUGGCGGACGUGGCCGAUCGGAAUUCUGGGAUGUACACCGCGGCGCGGUCGUUUCUACCGGCGGUCGCGCGCCUGCCUGCGCGUCUGGAGCGCAAAGCGGCAAGGGCAGAAGCUAGGAUAGAGAUGGCCGCGGCCUCUGCGAAGCCGGCGCCAAAAGGCCUCGCUGCCUUACUGACGCCGCCCGCGCCGCCGCCCGAGCCGCGGCCGGCGGCGUCCCUCGAUCCGGGGCUAUCG